AUCACCAGAAACUGGAAAGGGAAGCUAGAAUCUGCCGUCUUCUGAAGCACCCCAAUAUUGUGAGACUUCAUGACAGUAUAUCGGAAGAGGGCUUCCAUUACUUGGUGUUUGACUUAGUUACUGGAGGUGAACUGUUUGAAGACAUAGUGGCAAGAGAAUAUUAUAGUGAAGCUGAUGCCAGUCAUUGUAUACAACAGAUUCUAGAGAGUGUAAAUCAUUGUCACCUAAAUGGCAUAGUUCACAGGGACCUGAAGCCUGAGAAUUUGCUUUUAGCUAGCAAAUCCAAAGGAGCAGCUGUGAAACUGGCAGACUUCGGCUUAGCCAUAGAAGUUCAAGGCGACCAGCAGGCAUGGUUUGGUUUUGCCGGCACACCUGGCUAUCUCUCUCCAGAAGUCCUGCGUAAAGAUCCUUAUGGAAAACCAGUGGAUAUGUGGGCAUGUGGUGUCAUCCUCUACAUCUUGCUGGUGGGGUACCCACCCUUCUGGGAUGAAGAUCAGCAUAGGCUGUAUCAGCAGAUCAAGGCUGGAGCUUACGAUUUUCCAUCACCAGAAUGGGACACAGUGACUCCUGAAGCCAAAGACCUCAUCAACAAAAUGCUCACCAUCAACCCUGCCAAGCGCAUCACUGCCUCUGAGGCUCUGAAACACCCAUGGAUCUGUCAACGCUCUACUGUGGCUUCCAUGAUGCACAGGCAGGAGACUGUAGACUGCUUGAAGAAAUUUAAUGCUAGACGGAAAUUGAAGGGUGCCAUCUUGACAACUAUGCUGGCUACGAGAAAUUUUUCAGCAGCCAAGAGUUUGUUGAAGAAACCGGAUGGAGUAAAGUUGGAAUUCUUGCAUGCUGGCUUGGAAACGCAGUAGAAUGCACUUCGGUUACUCUUAGCUCUUCUGGUGAUGAUUGCUACCAAUCGUAAAAACAAUGGUUUCUCUUUCCGCCAAGAAAGUGUUGACAUCAAGGAGAGCUAACAGGAUUCUUGCAAGAUGACAUAAAAAGUGGACCUUAUUCAGAGUUUCCAUUUCGCCCGUACUGAAAGACUCCAUGGCUUUGCAAGACUUCACUUUCUGAGAUAAAGAGGCACUGCAUAAGUCAAACCUUUUUGUUUAUUGUGUUUCCAUUAAAUUGGCACUGUUUCACUUUCUUCUAAAGAAUGAGAGUGUAUAACACAGAAGUUUAAACUAUCAAUGACAGUUUGUUCACUUCAAUCAAAUAUACAAACUUAACAACUAAGUCAGUUCUACACAUUGGAAUGGUGUUAUGUUAAAAUUUAAAAUCUGAAUACUGACAUUUAGUAUAUGGGAUUGUAUAAGAUUUUCUUCAAAUGUUUUCAUAAUUUGACUUAUGAUUCCCGGAAAUUAUUUUUAUUCAUUACUCUCCCCAGACUCUUAUUGUCAUUGACUAAAAAAAUGUUAGGCAUGAAUGUUAUUUGGGUUAACCAGUAAUAGAUUCAACUUAAAAACAUUUGAAGGAAAAGACAAGAUACAGGGUUUUCAGGGCUGAGACCAUAACUUAGUGGUAGAACAUUUUCUUAACUUAGAAGAAGCCCUGGGGUUCAAUCCCUACCCCUAGAAGGGAAAAAUUUUUUUCCUAAAAAAUUAUUAAGAAAAAAAGAUAGUAGGUUAUGUACUAGUAAGGCCAAUGUCACAGCUCAAGCCACUAAAGGAAAGAAAAGAAGCAAUAGUUGUGUUUUUCUAAGUGUGCAUUGCAAGCUUUCCCUUGGAGACAUUCCUGCAAAGAAGGUUGGCCAUGGUUACAGCCACUUACAGGUGCUAACGUACCCAUUAACGCACACAGCAAUCAUGCUGUUGCUGUGUGCACCCUCAGUCUAUCCUUUUUUACAUCAGUAUUUGAAUAUUAUUUUACACUUAAGAAUAUUUCUCAUACCAAGCUAUGCAAGUUAUAUGAAAAUAACAGUUUCUUCAUGGAAAAAGAUUACCUAACAGCUUACUAUUCUGUAUAUGAAGUUUAUAAAGUAGAAAUUUUCAUUUCCAUGUGAUUAGUAUAGGAUGUAUCCACAGUGUUUCUAAUGAAAACAUUUUACGACUGGUUGGUUCUUAAAACUAUUUAAAUAAACUUUUAAAGUAUUCUUUAGAAGUUUUUUCAUGAGCUUUGAAAUGUAUUCUUUUGGACAGUUUUGUAGGGUUUUUUGGUUGUUAUUUUUUUUAACUGUGGUCCAGUGUUUCAGGAUUCUCCAAGGAUAUUCAACUGUGUUGAUUACAAUUACAUCAGAGUCAAGUCCCAAGGCAAUACAGCUGAAAAAAAUCUUCACAAAGAAUUUGAUACCUUCUCAAAUAAUUCUAUCUAUGGUAUUCUUGGCCAAUUUUUGUGAGACAGAAGGCAGUAGUAGAGUAUCCAGUACAGAAGAAAGGACAUCUCUGCCUGGCAUAGGGCCUGGUGAAACAGCAGGUGCCUCUUUAGGUCUCCAAACUGCAAAGCCCUGCCUGUUCAUUCAUCUAUCAGGAAUAAGGUCUUUUGCAUGCUGCUUCUGGGUAGGGAGGUGUGUGAUCUCUUGACCUCACCAGGGAGGCCUCCUCAGAGAUCCUGUCAGCUGUUGACAGCCCUUGACAUGGCUUUAGCUUUGUCAUUAUUUGGUCUUGUCUGUCGGCUCUCUCUGCUCGGUCCCACAGACUAGUAAGAAUGUACUUAACAAUGCGAAUUGUUUCUUUCUCUAUUUUGUUCUC